CCCGUGCACCAUGGCUGUGGACACUGUGAAGGAGCUGCUGAGUUUGGAGUGUGGCUCGCUGGUAACUUAUCUGCUGGACAAAAACUCCCACCUUGAUUCCAUCAGCUUCCAGACCAUGCUGAUGAGGGACGUCUUCGUAAAUCACCCAGAGGUGGUGCUUAUUCAUCGAACCCACAACCCGUUGGGCAAGGCUCUCUACAUGUUCAUGGUGGACAAGCCUUUCCUAAAGCUUGAGGGAGAGAUGACCAAAGUGAUCCACUUUGCGGUCCCAACCAAGGAAUCAGCAGAAGGCCUUGCUCACAUAUAUCACACCUUCAAGGCUUUCAACCCUGAGUGGAAGCAGAUCAAGACGUUCCUUGUCGAUCCACGCUUCCGGCUGUUGCCGACACUUUUGGAAGCAUUCCCCUCUGCGGAUGUCCAGCUGUCCGUCUUUCAUAUCUGCAAGCAUUUACAGCAGAAGAUCCGCCACGUCUCCCUGGAAUUCCACACAAAGAGGCUGCUCCUGAGCGUCUUGAGGAACGCAAUGUGCGCUCCCAGCGAAAGCAACCUGAAGAAGAUGCACGCCAUCCUGAGUGACUUUGUGAAACCAAAUCUGCUGCCCCAGCUUCAUACAAACUGGCUACUCAACGAGAAGAUCUGGUCCAUGCACCGCUGGCGGACCUGGGAGGAAUGCAGCCAGUACUUCAAAGACCUGGAGAUGGUCACACGCAAUUUAAGCCAAGUCUUCUGUGUGAGGCUCUCCCUGGAGUCCUGCAUCACAAGGAUCUCCAAGCACUACCAGAAGAGUGUUCUGAAGGGCUCCUGGGAGGCCCCGCCGUGCCCAGCCACCCUGCUCAGCCAGAAUGUCUCAUCCCUGCCAAACCUGGUGGAUCUCAGCUCCUCUGCUCCAAAAGUCCAGGGGCCCCUGCUUCCUCGCGAUCCCCCUACGGCAGCCCCCUGGAGUUCCCUGGCAGCGAAACAGGAGGCCUCUGCUGAAGAUGAGCAGGAGGCCGCGGUCUCUGACGAAGAAGCCUCCGAGCGUAUCCGCCAGUCCUUGAGUGACAUCUGCACAGAGCCCGCAGCCAGGCUCUGCUUGAACGAGUUUGCCGUAGCCCAGAGUUCUGUGUGCUUGAUGGGGAGCAGCGCCGACACGGUCAGCAUGCAGAUCCUGGAAGACGCCCAGACGGUGAGCCACAAGGGCCUCAACGGCUGCACCUGCCACUUCAGCCGGACCUUCCAGCUCCCCUGCAGGCACGUGGUGGCCCUACUGAACUCCGAGGGGAAGGAGCUGGAAGCGGAGAGGGUCCCUGCCCAGUGGCGCAAGGGGCACACCUGCUCCCAGCCUGGGCAGAGGGGCACCAGAGACCUCUUGGAAGUCCUGAGGAGUUCGUGGGACGCCUCCUUGGACAAGUACCUGGCCGUGUCGUUCCUCACAGAGGAGAUCAGCCGGCUGCUGAGCCAGUGCAGCAGUGAGGAGUUCGACCGCAGGUACAGCACCCUGCGCGAGCUGGCGGACAGCUGGAUUGGGCCUUAUGUGCAGGUGAAGCUGUGAUCUGGCCCUGGG